AACAUCUGUGGUGAAAUGAAUAUAUAUUUUAGUUGUUUGGUGUCAUAUUGGUGUAGAAUCAAGAAAUUCCCCAAACUUGACAUCAAGCUGGUCCUUUCAAUAUGUUCCUCAGGCCCAUCCAAUCGUUCCAAUUCAGUGUCAUCUCUUGACCUGGAGGGAGAAUCUGUUUCUGAGCUGGGAGCUGGACCCUCAGGAAGCAACGGGGUGGAGGCUCUCCAGCUUUUGGAGCAUGAACAAGCCACCACUCAAGACAACUUGGAUGACAAACUGCGCAAGUUUGAAAUCCGAGACAUGAUGGGCCUGACAGAGGAUCGGGACAUCUCUGAGACUGUCAGUGAGACCUGGAGCACUGACGUGCUUGGCAGUGACUUUGACCCCAACAUGGAUGAAGAUCGGCUGCAGGAAAUAGCAGGUAUGGAGAGGAUUUGUUGCUUAUGAGUAAUGUCUCUCUGCUUAUAGAAAA